AACCGCAAGUGUUGUCUCCGCCUUACACACGUUUUUGGAAAUAAAUGUUUUAAUGUGUAUGCCAACACUACAAGUCAUACAUGCCACUGUGCGAAAUUUAUAAAUAUUCAAAGGUCUGAAGAAAUCGCAGAAAGUGAUGUUAUGAGUAAAACAAAAAAUGAAAAGUGGCUUUCACAAAAUGCGGUUUCAUUGUCAGUUGACAAUACAAGUCCCACAAAUACUACAGUUUGGACAGAUGAAAAUACAUCUUUUAUGUUAAAUUGUUUCCAUAAUUAUUCAAAACAAAUAGGUCCAAUGAAAAAAUUCCAAAACAAAAAGACGAUGUGGACAAAAGUUCGACAAGAUAUGAUAAAGGAAUUAGGUUGUUCAUUUACAGAAACUCAAAUUGAAAACAGAUAUAAAACAGUUUUAAGAAGAAACAUAUCGUUGAUGAAAAAAAAAAAUACUACUGGACCAUCUCCCAAUUUGAGUAGCGUUCAUGAAGAGUUUAGUCAAAUAACAGCAUUGGAUGAUUCUAUUGAACCAUCAGUUUCUGUAGGAACAUCUAGUUCUGGACUGAAAAGAAUAACCAAAGAUGUCCCACAAGAUGAGCCACAAGUUACAAAGAAGGUUAAGACUUCUCUAAAUGAUCUGAUGAUUACCUUGAACAAAGAAAAAGAAGAAGACAGACUAAAGAGAAAACUGAAACGUCAAAAAUGUCACGAACAAAAAAUGAAUAUUCUUAAAAAAAUCUUUAAUAACAAAUAGAUUUUUCUUUUACAACAUUUAUUAAUAUGUUCCUAAUAAUUAAAAUUUACAAAAUACAUAACAAUUUUCGUUUUUUGAAUCCUUUUUCACAAGAUUGUAGUUCUUGGGCGUAUGUUAAUAGUUACAUUUUCUGUAAUUCUUCUACAAGUGGUUGUUCAGGAAAUAAAUCAUCAUCAUCUGUACACAAAUUAUGUAGCUAAUAUAAAAUUUGAAUCUUUCAGCUAAUGAAAAAUAUAAUUGCUAUUUAAUAGUAUAGGAUCUAUGUAUUUAGUUCAUAAGAAGUUAUUACUUUUUCUCUAAUAUGCUCAAACUUCUACACAACGCGUCCGUAAAAAUGUUUAACAGUUUGAUAAAACUAUUAAUUAAAAAAAUUUAAAGUUCGUUUUCAUGCAACUCAGCAUAUAUAUUAUAUUUAAAUAUUUAUCUGGUACAGCAGUACUUGUGUAUUAAUGUAAGUGGUGUAUAGACAUAUCUAGUACUAUAGUGAUUGCAAACUGAACCUCAAGUGAUGCUAAUUUUUUUGUCAGUGAAACAAGGAAAAAUG